GUCAUCGUUUUCAUGGAGAUCGAAGUUCCGUCCGAUUAUGGGUCUUGAGACUCUAUAAAUAUCUGCUUCCUCACCCGGCUAUAAUCCUCCAAUAAAUUCGAAAAGAAAUCAACCAUCAGCAACGCAAGGAAUCAAUUAAGGAUGCUCUUCUUCAAAUCUUCUUCCGGAGCAGUACACCAGGAAUCUCAGCCGCAGGAGGAGGUCAAGAGAUGUGGCGGAGGCGGAGACGGCGGCGCGUGUAUCUCACUGACCGUGUGGAGGAAGUCACUGCUACUCACUUGCAACGGAUUCACAGUCAUCGAUCGUAGCGGAAACAUCGUAUACCGAGUCGACAAUUACAUUGGACGCCCGGAGGAAGUGAUUCUAAUGGACGGCCUCGGCAAAUCCGUCCUCACAAUGUGCCGCUCCAAGAAACUCGGAAUAGCAGAGAACUGGUGCGUGUACGAAGGGGAAGUAGGAGGCAAAAUUAGGGCUAGAAAGAAUCCGAUAUGUCGAGUGAGGAAGAACAUGAACAUACUACAUGUCGCUCCGAAUUCGAAAGUGCUUGCGUACGUAUACGAUUACAGAAUCUCAGACAAAAAGUAUGCGUACAGUAUAGAAGGUUCGUACGGGCAGAGAUCGUGCAAGAUUUUGGACGCGUCGAGGAGAGUGGUGGCGGAGGUGAGGAGGAAGGAGCCGAUUAACGGCGGCGUAUGUUUUGGGGCGGAGGUUUUUCUUCUGCUGGUUCUUCCUGGUUUUGAUUCGGGAUUGGCUAUGGCUCUGGUUUUACUUUUGGAUCAGAUGUUCUCUUAGAAUUUGAUUCUUCUUCGUCGUGUUCAUCUCCAUCUGUGGUUGUACAUAUUUUGCAGAAGCUGCGUUUUCAUUUUGAAAGGGAUUUGUUUCCUUUUUGAGUAAGGAGUGUACAAUAUUGCUUUGUUGUAGGAAUAAUUGAAUUUCCUUUCGCCUAUUUCAUUUUCAA